AUGUUACUAUCUGCACUCAUUACCGCAUUCAGUGUUGGUAAGACUGAUACUGCCACCACCACUCCAGCCACACCUGAGCCAAAGAAACCACUUGCUCAACACAACUUCUUUACUUCGUACGCCGCCAAGUCCAAAGAGGUUUUUGACGAUGAAACCGUUCCAGUUACCUCUACUGAAACAGGUGGUAGAACCAAGAGAGACACUGGUACAGACUCGUUGCUUCCAUCCAAGAAAUUCGAGUUCCCAGCAUUCGAUGCUGCCACCGAACUCAAAGAUGGAAUGGGUUUGAAGAUGUUAAAGAACAUGUCAAUCUUUGAAGGAAAAGUCAAUGUGGUACAAAACAAUGCUGAUAAGUACUUUAUAGAGAACGUAUUACACUUUGGUGAUCCAAACAACGAAGUAUUGAAGUUGUUUGGUAUUACCAAGCCAACCAUUCCACAACUACGUUUGGAUAUUUGUGAUGAAACUUUGAUUGGCUUGUGGUAUGGCUUUUAUGCAAUCUUUUACAUUCCAUUGAUGAUUUCCCAAACUGCUGGUUCUACCAUUGCCUCCAAGAUUGAUGUCCAGAAAUGUAAAGAUAAUUUGCAUACUCUUGAAACUAAUCAAGUUUAUGGUAAUACUUUUAUUCAUCAAAGAAUGUUAUUGUACAAGUAUGCUUUUUGUGAAAAGAAUCCAUGGAUGAUGAAGAUCCAAAAGAAUCCAGAGAGAUGGUUACCCAUCUUGACCAAGGACUUGAAAUCCGAAGCAUUCAUUACCAAGUUGAUCAGCUCUCAAAAUUCAAACAAAACAAAGGAGCAGUUCCAUGCCUACUUGGUCAACUUGAAAGCUAUCCUUGAUAUCCUGGAUCCAACCGCCAAAACUUCAAGUAACAUGGUAAACACGAUCACUGCUGCCGCUCUCAUUUCCAAGGUUGAUGAUCCAAAGUCCAUUAAAGACACAACACUCAACCGCGCAAUCAUGACUGAUGUAAUUCAGAAAUUGGUUGACGCAUCGCAGGAAGCUGAUCAGGAUCGCGUAACUAUUACGAAAGACCUGAUCGCUACACUUGGUUCCACAGCCAAUGCAGUCACCGAGCUCCAAAAGGGUAUAUUCAACUACCAAUUUGAAUCAAUCGAUGGUCCAGAUAUUACCAAGGGAUACCAUCAAUAUUUGGAGGAUAUUGGAAGAAGAGUAGCCAAAAAGAUGCAAGUUCCAGCUGAUUCUAAUGACAAGGUAUUCAGACGAAUUGGUACCGUUGCCAAGGCUUGUCAAAUAGGAGUUAUCCUCUAUAGUUUAUCUCAAUGGGACAAGUUGGACACUUACAAUAAAGAUAUGUUUACUGCAGACAUUGUAAAUAUAGCUUUGGAUCUAGGAUCUGGUGUUUUGAAGAUAUCUGAGGCUUUUAGAACGGUUGGAUCGAGUAUCGGCGAUCUAUUGGUCAAAUUACCAUCUGGUGACAAGGUGACUACUGUAAUGGGAUCAAUCUUUACAACAGAUGUAGCUACUUUUGUUGGAACCAGAUUCAGUCCAGCUUUAAUGGGUGUUGCAGCCAUCAAGAGUGUCUAUGAUGCCGUCCAAGACGCUCUGAUUGGAAAUAUUGGUAGUAUGGUCAUUGAUGGAGCAUCUGCAUCACUUGGACUCGCAACAGCUGUUGCCAUAUUUGGAGGUUGCGCUUGUGGGGGCCCCUUGGCCUUAGCAGUUGGAGCUACUCUACUAGCACUGGCCGUCAUCAAAUACACAUUCUUCUCACCAACCAAUGAUGAGACAUACUAUAUUCCUCUUACUUAUUAUACUAGUAUACAAAGGAAAGACUCAAGCAGGUGUAGUAGUAGUCGUCGUUUAGUUUGA